AUGACGGGCGAGUCUUCUACAAAGGCCGCUGCGGCUGGCAAGGCUGCCAUGCCACUUGACAUUGACGGCCACAAUCUUCCACCUUCGCCUGCGCCAAGCUCGCCCCGCAAUGGCAGGAAGUAUGCGCUCAUGACGGAGCUGGUGUACACGGAGAGCAGCGACCAGUACAAUGCCAGCUCCGUACCAAUUUACCAGUCUGCUACGUUCAAGCAAGAGUCCGCGACCGGCGGCGGCGGCGAGUACGACUAUACACGCUCCGGUAACCCCACACGAACACAUCUUGAAAGGCAUCUUGCCAAGAUCAUGAAUGCGAACCGCGCGCUUGUCGUCUCGUCUGGUAUGGGCGCCCUCGAUGUCAUCACUCGUCUUCUCCGACCCGGCGACGAAGUAGUGACUGGCGACGAUCUGUACGGAGGAACAAACAGACUCCUCAAGUACCUCUCAACCCAUGGCGGUAUCAUUGUACACCACAUAGACACUACGAACCCGGAAAAGGUGCGCGCCGUAGUAAACGAAAAGACGGCUAUGGUGCUCCUUGAGACGCCCACCAACCCUCUGAUCAAAAUCUGCGACAUUCCGGCCAUUGCCAGUAUUGCGCACACCGCGAACCCCACGGCUAUUGUUGCAGUCGAUAACACCAUGAUGUCGCCCAUGCUACUCAACCCACUCGACCUUGGGUCCGAUAUUGUUUACGAAUCCGGUACAAAGUACCUAUCCGGCCACCAUGACCUCAUGGCCGGCGUCAUCGCUAUAAACGAUUCCGCGCUCGGGGAUCGCCUUUUCUUUACCAUCAAUGCUUCGGGGUGCGGGCUCUCGCCCUUUGACUCUUGGCUACUUCUCCGCGGCAUCAAGACGCUUGGUGUUCGCAUGGAAAAGCAGCAGGCGAACGCUAUGCGCAUCGCCACCUUCCUUGAAUCCCAUGGUUUCAAGGUCCGAUAUCCAGGUCUAAAGUCGCACCCACAGUACGAUCUCCACUGGAGCAUGGCACGCGGCGCGGGCGCCGUACUGUCUUUCGAGACUGGCGACGUCAAUAUCAGUGAAAGAAUCGUCGAAAGCGCAAGGCUCUGGGGAAUCAGUGUGAGCUUUGGAUGUGUCAACUCGCUCAUCAGUAUGCCUUGCCGCAUGAGUCAUGCCAGUAUUGACGAGAAGACGAGAAAAGAGAGGAACAUGCCUGAAGACAUCAUCCGACUCUGUGUCGGAAUUGAAGACCCGGAGGACUUGUUGGAUGAUCUCAGUCGUGCUCUCGUCCAAGCUGGCGCUGUGAACAUUACGACUGAAGGGUUCCGCGCUCUGGCCACCGAGGCUCCUAUCUCGGGCCAGCCAGCCGAGGAUGUUCCUGCGCCUCCAGAGUCGUAGAUCUCUUGGUUUUAGUCACCUCUGUCCUACUUGCCAUAGCAGGUUAACGUGAUACCCCUUUUCCAUCUGUCGAGAGAGACAUGUUGGUUUCCCUUCGCAACUCUCUCUGACCCCAGUCACCUCUGUCACUGUAACUACAUGGUGUUAACGUGAUAUUUGUCUGAUUGAUUUAGCAUAGCUCUACUGCUAGCUGGAGUUCCUCUGGGCUAAAAUGUCUCCUUGUUUAUUACAAUGAAAGCUUAUUCAUCUUGA